AUGAGAAACAGCAAAGAAUAUUUCGACGUUGAAGAAAUCAGAUUGUUGCCAGACGACGAUGCUUGCGGGAAAGAAGCGAGACGAGACGUUGCCGAAUUGGUGAAACACCUCAAUCUAGCGUUUCUAGCUCAGAUGCAGAAAGCACGAUAUUCCGAGAGAAGCUGUUUUCAGAAUGUUUGGAGAUUUCUGAGAUCGAGUCCUUGGUUCUUUCACCUCGCGAUUUUGACAAUUUACACAAGUCUUUUCGUUUUAGCAUAUUUCCAGGCAGAAUCACAUCCCGCUCCCGAUGCGCUGAUAUACACACCGGCUGAGCCGGCAACUAUACACGAGGCGAGAAUGAUAAGUGUUAAGAUCAACCCGACGAACAACAUAUAUAAUAGUCCACCCUCGCCAGAAGUGGACCAAGCGUGGGCUGCACUUUUUCGAAAUGCAAACGUACGAGUAAGCAGAGAUGAGCUUGAGAAAACGGGGAGGUCAUCCGUUGAGCUAGAAGAUGAAUCGGGUGGCUUCCUUGGAGCUUUAGAAGUACAUUCGGGAAUAUAUCCACCAAGAUUACUACACAAUCAAGAAGACCAACGUCCCGAAGAAAGAUCACGUCAAACAGAUCAUUGUAUCGAGAUGUUGCGUCAAAUUGUGAUGUGCAAGGCGGAUACGGCAUUGAUGACUUAUAGCUGGUUGCCAGAUUUUCGUGCCCCGUGGCCAGAUUUCGGUAUAGAACAUCAAUGUGUCAAUUGGGAAAGUAUUGAAGAAUGGGGGAAUAAAAGAAGGAUUGAUAUAUUCGAAAAGGGAUUGUUAGUACAUCCUACUAUGGGGCCGUCUUAUCAUGAGAACGAUGUUGACGAAUAA